CUCCAAGCAGUUAUCAUAUCAGGGAACUUCAUUUUGAUUCAAUGCAUACAAAGGACAAAGCCAUAAAGAAAUGCAACAGUAAUAGAGCAGUACUGUUAUUAAUUAGUUACAAAGGAGGAGUGCACUGAAGAGGGAAGAUUGUGGGAGGAAGUUAUAAAGCAUUUAUGUCCUCAAUUUGACUGGAGGCUGAAGCUUGGGAAUAAGACUUUGUUUUUCUAUUUCUUUUUCUGUGUGCUUUCGUCCAAAGUUUGCUUGCUUGCUUCACAAAGAAAACAUAGCUGAUGAAAUGGCAGCAUAGCAUAGCAUAGGUUAAUAGGCUGUGGGCAGUAGUCAGGUAAGAAAGCUGUAGUGCAUUUACUGUAUUUGGACUCAAGUCAUGAGAGCUAAGUAUGGGAAACAUCGAGAAGGUCUUGAAGUGCUUCGUCCUGUUAAGGGAAGUUCCUUUACCUGGAAUAGCUUGACUAAAGCCUCAAGCCUUCUUCGGAAGGGUUGUGCGUGGAACAUUCAUAAUGGAAAAGGUGCUAAGUUCUGGCUUGAUGUCUGGCUUUUGCAGGUACCCUUGGCCGAGGUGGCUCUUCAACCGGUAGCGGAGGAGAUGCUGGGCGAGCAUGUUGCGGACUAUAUCGAUGAGGACGGUAGAUGGGACAUCAACCGUUUGGAGGCUUGGCUACCCGCCGAGGUGCUGCAAAAGAUCACGGCAAACCUCGUGGAUCCCCUGUCCACGGAUGAUGACACCAUUCUGUGGACCGCAUCCUCGAAUGGUCAGUUCUCAACAGCCUCGGCCUACAGCCUGGCAUUGCCCCCGAGGAAUGACCCGAAUGAGAGGAUGUGGAAAACCAUGUGGAAGCUCCCGGUUGCUGAGAGAGUCAGGGUGUUUGUGUGGCUGGUGUCUCUAGGGCGCAUUGCGACUAACGCUCUCCGCUACUCCCGUAAGUGCGCGGAGUCCCCCAUGUGCCAUAGAUGCGGGAACUAUGAAGAGACCAUUCUACACGUGCUGAGGGACUGCUACCCCGCUCGUUUCUUUUGGUUGAGAUGGAUUCUGCAGGAGGAACAACAGAGUUUUUUCAGCCGCAGCUGUGAGGAUUGGUUCCGGGAAAAUAUUCUCAAGGAGGACGCGACGGACUCUGGUAUGAAUUGGAACAGUUUCUUUAGUACUGCUUUGUGGCUUAUUUGGAAGAACAGGUGUACAGGUUGUUUCCAGGGGCUGCACAAGGCGAUGACAACACCCUCACUUGCUUUCUCCAUCCACCAAAGGGCUCUUUUGUGGCAUAAAGCUUGGCAGGCCCCAACAGUGAAUUUUGGCCGCCAGGGGUCCAAGCCGGAAAGGGUGGAGACUCAAAUUCACCGGAGUUUUCCUCGAAAUGGGUGGGUCAAGCUUAACGUGGAUGGGGCGUCGGUGGGCAAUCCUGGGCUUGCCGGAGCUGGGGGCAUUAUCCGUGAUGAGCAUGGGAAGUGGGUGCGGGGCUUUGUUGCUAAAGUGGGCGAAGCCUCUGCAAUUCUUGCUGAGCUCUGGGCGUUCUACUAUGGCCUGCAACUCGCUAGGAAAGCAGGAUGUGCCUGUGUUCUUAUUGAGUCAGAUUCCCAGAUGGCUAUCACUUUGAUUAAGAGUCGCCAUGACCCCGUUCACCCCUACGCUUCCUUGUUGGCCUCGAUCCGGCGGAGCCUGGCGCAGGAUUGGUUGGUCAGCAUUGGACAUGUGUAUCGUGAGGGGAAUAGAGCCGCGGACUGGCUCUCAAAGCACAGUCUCGUCUAUCCUCUGGGUAUGCAUGAACUUGUUGAUCCACCGCCGGCGUUAGCUCCAAUUCUUAUUGACGAUUGUAUGGGUAUUGCUUUUGAGCGUCGGGUUGUGACGCAUCCUUCUUCUUCUCUGUAACCCCUUCUGUUCGGCCUCGGCCUCCCUUUAAUGCAAAAAAAAAAAAAAAAUUAACUGUUCCAAUAUAUGGUGUCAUGAAGAUGUGAAAGGUGCUGCCUUUAGUUUAGGGGCCUUUUUUCAUUUAUUUUCCAUAUCAAUCUCUUUUGACCAAGUUCAAAGUAGAUCAAUUCUGGUCCAUGGUCUUUUGUUGGUUUUCUUUUGCCUGGAUAAAUGGUAGUUUUGAUGGGAAGCAUGGGCAAAGACAAAAUGCUUGUAAAAAGAAAUUUCUUUUGUAGGUGAGAAGAAUAGGGUCCCUGUAAUUGGGACUGUACGGUUACAUCAGAAUGAAUGAUCAAAUCAUUCUAAUCAAGACAACACAAAUAUCAAUGUAUAGCAGCAACACUUUUGGACGUGUUACACAGCAACAACCAACAAUUACCUUCUUCUUUUUCUCGAGUGCAGUUUUAACAGUUUUAACGUUAAACACUCAUCUGUUAAACCUUUUGUCUUGUAUUUAAUUCACUUCUGUUCUUGAUGAUCCAGAUCCAGUUAGAUCAUGACUGAUUUUCUGGAGCUUUCAGUCCCACAGAAUCAUUACCACAAAUAUCAAUGUAUAGCAACAACACUUCUGGACGUGUUACACAACAACAUUUACCUUCUUUUUCUCGAGUGCAGUUUUAACAGUUUUAACGUUUAAACACUCAUCUGUUAAACCUUUUGUCUUGUAUUUAAUUCACUUUUGUUCUUGAUGAUCCAGAUCCAGUUAUAUCAUGACUGAUUUUCUGGAGCUUUCAGUCCCACAGAAUCAUUACCAGAUCAACCACUUUGUAUCUCAGCAGCAGAUCCAGGAAAAGACCAAUCAAUGAAAAAAAUGGUGAGACGAGAACAAGUGAAGCUUUGUUCUUUAUGGCUUUCUGCUACCUUUCUGGUGUGCAUUCAUUUACUUGCCAUUUUCCCACAACAGAACCAACAAAAACAUGACAAAUCUUUUAUUGCAUGAUUUGCUAUAUUAGCUGGCCAUUUGGUAAUCAUGUUAUUAUGUCACUGGAAUCUUUUAUUCAUUGUAAAUAUCAGAGUUUGGGGGUCGGUUAGCAUGCUAACCCCCCUUAGGGGUUGGAAAAAUGACACCCCCUAGUAUAUUAAAUACAACUAUAAUUAAUACACAAUAAUUAAUACACACAUUAAAUACACAUUAGGAAUUAAAUGUACCAUAUUAAUUAGGAAUUCUCUCACUAUUAAAUACAUAUUAGGAAUUAAAUACACACAUUAAAUACACAUUAGGAAUUCUCUCACUAUAUUUGAUUUUUCCUUUUUCAGCAGUCUCCGACCACCAGACUUCCUCCGACCGCCACACUUAUCCGGUGAAAAUCCCAUCGGCAGACUCCCUCCGACCACCUCCAAAAAAUAUACCACUGCACUGAUACGGUGUACCACUGUACUGGUAGAUAUACCACUGUACUGGUACGUUGUACCACUGUACUGGUACGUUGUACCACUGUAGUGGUACAAAUACCAUUAAAGUGGUAAUUAAUGUGGUGUAUUUAAUGCUUACUUUGUAUUUAAUAACAGAACAUUUAUUAUGUUUACUUUCAUUAAUACUUGUCAAUAAUUAAUGAAAAAUUGACCAAUUAAAAGGGGGGUGUCAAAAAACCAACCCCUUAAGGGGUUAGCAUGCUAACCCGUCCCCAGAGUUUGUGUGUGUCUGUCUGUGGUGUGCACAUCUGUUAUAGAUGUACCAAUGGAGGCCCAAAGCGUACAAUAUCUUGUUCGGGAAAAGUUUCGGGAUGUUACAAGUGGUAUCACAGCCUCUCCGCGUCCCUCUUGAACGAUGGUGGGUCAAACCUCAACGAGGGCGUUGAGUCCCAAGAGGAGGUGUAUGUAACACUUUAGGCAAAUCCCACAUCGACAAAGCACGUGAGAGAUCCCAUGGUUCAUAAGUAGGAAACCGGUCUGAACUGACAAGACGCAUUUUGAGGUGAAAUAGAGGAGUUCUUGUGAGAACUCCUUAUAGUUAAACGUGCUCAGUUUAGAGUACAAUAAGGAUACGUGACCUUAUAAAAAGCUCAAAGCGAACAAUAUCUUACUUGGGAAAAGGUUCGGAAUGUUACCGUUAGUAUGCAACAAAAGUAAAACUUAAAUGAUACUUGAUGCAUUUAAGCCCAGAUCGAGGGAGAAAAAAAGAAGCUGCGCAUUUAAAUGGCUCCAAAUUAGAAAGAACUUUUAUAACCAACUAGCUUCGUUGCCCGGCCCGUCGGCCGGGUAGAUUUUUUUACCAUUUAUAUUGAUUUGUAUAUUUGUACAAUCUUUAAAAUUAUUUUGGAUUUGAGAAAAAUAGUUCUCCAUGUGGACUUUUUGAGUUUUGAGUCAUACAUUAUUUUUUUCUUAGACAUUUUUAUGUUUCUUUCUAAUACAUGAAUUUUUCUAUA